AUGGAGUCUAAGCACAGUCCCCAGGGUGGAAGAGCUCAAAUCACUGAUCAGGAUGGGGCUGAUUUGGGCGUCAGAUAUCCUCUUAAUCACGGCCUAUGCCCAGCAGGGUACGUUCGUCCUCCAGCAGGCCAGGACCAUGGACCAGCAACUGAUCGCCUCCUUCCAAAUCCCGCGGGGCUCCAUGACUGUGUUCACCAUGACCGAUGCUCCUCACCAUUGCCUUCGACGAUCGGGUCUUUGUCCCCAUGGCUCGGAAGUUCACUGUACUUGAAAGGGGAAUCACAUUCCUCCACCGGAUGGGCAUCAGGUUUCGUCGAAGUGAAGAGAAAACAUGCCGUAGCACCACAUAGUCUGACGAGCGUCCCUAUUUCAACCUUACCAAUCUCGACCUUCUGGCUGGUUCCUCAGUAUGCCCUCCAUGGAAUGGCUGAGGCCUUCAUAUCCAUCGGGCACCUUGAAUUUUUCCGGACCAUGAUCUCCAUCGGAAAUUACACGAGCACCCUCCUCGUGACCCUGGUGCACGAGUUCACCGACUGGCUCCCGAACGAUAACUUGAACAAAGAGAGGUUGGAAUACUUCUACUGGCUGAUCACCUUCCUACAAGUUAUCAAUCUCAUCUAUUAUUUACUCUGUGCCAAGUUCUAUACUUUUAAGCUGAUUUAGAUCCACGGAACCGAAGGCAGCAGCAACACAGACGCCAGAGGAGAUGGAGUUGAGCUUGUUAGCCAAGUUUAGUCCUAUCUGAGCACAGUUUCGGCACAAAUAUAAAGAUAUGGUACGGGCAAAUUCAGGUUGUGGAACCUUUUUCUCUUCGACUGCAUAGCACAUAAUAAUUUUAUCAUAUCGCGGAUCGACAACCAUAUGAGCUGAGAUGCCUAAUGUAAGAAGUUCAAUCAGAAGAUUAUAUGUUCAGUAUAUAUGUAUAUAUAUACACAAACACGUAUGUAUGCAGGAUGUUUACCGUGACAAACCCGAAUUAAUAAACGACAUAUGUACUUGAU